CUAAUAAACUGCUCAUAUAUUCAUUUCAGUGCCAAUUCCCACAGUGAAAAUCUUAGACACCAACCAAAGUUUAUCGUCUUUUUAUCAAAACUCCUCCUUUUGUUCAACAUCUGUCCAUCCUGCAAAUCUGAUAAGCCUUCAAUAGAGACGUCAGUUUGUGGCACAAUGAUUGAAAUAACAACUCAGUGUUUCAACCCUCAGUGUCAAUCUCCCACGAAUACAUGGCGGAGCCAACCAAACAUGACAGGAACCAAAAUGCCAGCCAUGAACUUUCUGUUGUGCUUUUCCAUUUUGAUUUCUGGUGCAUCGCCCUCUAAAGUAUUCCAAGUAUUUAAGAACAUGGGAGUCCACUGUAUAAGUCUAGAAACAUACUUCAAGCAUCAGGCGCAUGACAUCAAAUGGGCAAAGAAGAAAUCCCUACAUCCAUUCUGGAAUGCCAUAAUAUUAAUUUUGUUGUUGCUGGCGAAAACUUUUUCCCACACUCCAUAUUUUCUGGAAAAAGUAUCAAGAGGAAAUGAUGGUGAAGAUCAAAGGAACUGGUCAGUCUCUGGUAUUAGCUGGCGAUGGGCGUCAUGAUUCUAUGGGCCACAGUGCCAAAUAUUGUGCCUACACAAUAUUUUGCUGUACUAUACCACUCAUCAUUGAGUUUUCCUUAGUGCAGAAAUGUUGCUGGCAGCAGCCCAGCAAUGGAAAUGUUAGCCUUCAGAAAUUGUAUGGGUGCCCUUUCUGCAUGGAGCCUUGCCAUUGGAACACUGAUAACUGAUCGACACAUAUCAAUAACCAAGUAUAUGAGAGAACGACUGAGCCAUAUAACCCACUACUUUGAUCUGUGGCAUCUGAAAAAAAAAAUACAUAAAGUCCUAACAAAAAUUAGUAAAGAGAAAGGAUGUGAAGUUCUCAAUCAAUGGAUUAAGCCAUGCCAAAAUCAUCUUGUGUGGAGUGCUACUUCAACACCUUCAGGGAAUGGACAGUUAAUAUGGGCAAAAUUUAAGUCAUACUUAUCCCAUAUUGUAAACAAGCAUAAAGAUCUAGAUGAGACAAUCUUCAAUAGGUGUUCACAUGGAGACAUCCCACAGCGCCAAUGGCUAGAGGAAGACACCCCUGUUUAUGACAAGGUCCGCACUGCUCUUACUAAAGCUUCCCUUGUGAAAGGCAUCAAGAAGGCCUCUCCAGUCUGCCAGACCAGCUGUCUGGAAGGGUUUCACUCUGUGGUGAACCAGUAUUGCCCCAAGAUGAUUGGGUACUCAUACCAGGGAAUGUAUUGCAGGCACAUUAUUGCAGCAACCCACUUCAACCACAACCUUCAGCGCAAGGUUAAAACAUCUGAGGAUGGGUCAGAGAAAGUUACAAUUGUCUACCCCAAAUUCAGAAAUGGAGAGGCGACAGUUCGUAGUGUAAGAGUACAGCCAAACUAUGACUACAUCGACAGAGUUUAUGACACCUUUAUCGAAGCUCAGAGUCAAAAGAACCUGUUGGGUGCUUUAGAAGAGUUAAAUGCCGUGACCCCUGCCCCCAUGCACACAAUGCUAGAGAAGCAGUCAAGACAAGAUGCUGUUACAUUGUGGAAGAAAAGGAAGUCCAUGGUUGUCCAGGAAGUCCCUGGAACUGCAUUAAAUGAAGCAGAAAGAGCACAGGGGAGUACCAGAGCAGUGGAAAAUACAACUACAAGGGCCCAACCACAAUGCAGGAUUUGCAAGAAUCCAAUGAAAAACCAUAAAAAUGUCAAGGAUUGCCCAAAGAAUAGAAAACCAUGAUAGUUUAAUCUUCUGAUACUUCCUCUUCAAAACCAGUAAACUCAUUGCUUUCUCCUAAUUUAAAUCUAUUCCUAAUUAAAUGGUAGGCACAUGCAGGCAAAGGUAUUCUGUUUUUGCCAAUGCGCCCAUGUACCAGUUGUGUAAAUUCACGGUAUGCAAUACUUCUCAGAAACCUAAAAAGAAACAAAUUAUUGAUGUUACUCCAUGAUUAUAACCUGAUAGCAGUACUAAAAGKAUUAUGUAUAUUAUUCUGAAUUACUAUUGCUAGUAUAAUAAGAAUUCAAAGUUAUGGUGAAGUGAGUCCAUCCCACUGACCUUCACCAUCAUAUCUUCAACUUUAUGGUUAUUAAUAUAAUAUUAUUGACACUUGGGAUUUUUAGACCAAAGAAAAAAUGUUAUUCCAAACAACAAGAUAGGGGUUUAUAGAACAUUAUGUCUACUUCAGAGUAUAUAGAAACCAGUACUAUUUUAUCAUGUUCAUCCUGAUAUCAUUAUUUCUAUGUGACAACUACAAUUCAUGGUUUUCACUAUUAUUAUGAUUGUUAUAGUUUAUAGUU